AUAUCAAUAUCAGGGAAAUUUAUAAUUAAAGAAAGUGAUUGUGCGUUUUCACAUUUUUGGUUAAAUUUAGAACUCGCAUGAAAGUGCUUUUAGAGUCUCUCUCGUUUGAGUUAUCGUCAAACGCUUUUACUCUGGUUUGCGCCUUCGACUGCACAAUGUCGAUCCCAGAGUACUUCGAAGGCCAGACCGUUUUUCUGACUGGCUCAACAGGGUCUGUUGGUAGCGUUUUUCUGGAAAAACUGCUGCGUUCCUGCAAGGGCGUAAAAAAGAUUUAUGUGCUCGUUCGGCCGAGAAAUGGCGUGUCCAGCGCAGACCGAGUCUGUUCUCUGCUGCAACUUCCCCUUUUUGCCGAUGUGGACAAGUCGGACUUUGGCAAAGUGGAAGCCGUGAGUGGAGAUGUGACGUUGGAGGACAUGGGCAUUUCCAAGGAAGUCCUUCAGCGCCUGAUUUCCGAAGUAACAAUUGUAUUUCACGCGGCAGCCAGGGUGUUCUUCAACGCGACACUCAAAUCUGCAGUUUUGUCUAAUUUGAUCGGCACCAAGCGCAUCCUAGACCUCUGCCAUCAAAUGUUGAAAUUGGAGAGCCUGAUUUACGUUUCCACCGCAUAUAGUAACUGCACAAUCCAAGAAACUAGAGAGCGGCUGUAUCCGAUUGACUGCAGCCCUGAGGAAGUAAUCAAUAUGGUUGAAACUUUCCCUGACGAAGCUUUAGAAAAGAUAACUAAACGCUUGUUGGGUCAACAUCCAAACACAUACACAUUUUCCAAGCAGUUAGCAGAGCACCUGGUCACUGAGGGCAGAGGUCAUGUCAAACUGGCCAUCGUCCGACCAUCCAUUGUUUUGGGAACUUGGCGCGAACCUUUUCCUGGCUGGCUCGACGCAAGCACUGGCGCCACAGGUUUCAUCGCAGGCGCCGGAGCUGGAUGCUUCCGCACGUCUCAGGUCGUUCCUUAUAAGGUCGCCGACCUUGUUCCGACUGACAUUUUGGUCAACGUCAUGCUCGCUGCCGCUUGGAAUCUUGCCCAACCUCAGAGCGAGACGUUUCAAAUUUAUCACGUGACCUCUGGUCUGCGCAACCCUAUCACCUGGGGCCAGUACACCGAGUACAUCGACGAGGCGAUCUCGGAGUACCCGAUGAGAAGAAUCCUUUGGUACCCCCGAGCAAAGGCGCGCGGCUCCAAGUGGAGGAACGAUUUUGUUGUGCGCCUCUUCCAAUUGUGGCCUUCGUACUUGUUGGACGCGCUCAGGAAUGCCCUGAGCAGUAAGCGGCAAGAAAGCUUGGUGGCGAUUCAGCAGAAAUUCAUUCGAGGAAUGAAGCACACGCGUUUCUUCUGCACUCGGCAGUGGCGCUUCCACGACACCAACACCCGCGCUCUGCAGGAAAAACUGCUGCCCGAGGACCAGGAGGCGUUCGACAUGUCCAUCGCCAGGGUCGAGUGGCGCUCCCACCUGACCAACUGCGUCAAAGGCAUCAGACAGCACUUCCACAAGGAUCCACCUCAGACCCUCGAACGCGCGAGGAAAAACCUUCAAAGGUGGAAAAUGAUCCAUUUUGGUGCUCACGUUGCCGCUUUCCUCUGGAUCGCCUAUGUGGCUUUCUUGGCCCUUGGGGAUGCACUUGCUGCGUUGAUAACUUCCGCCCUUGUCGUGGGCUUCAUCAUAUGGGUUUGAAGAAGAUUGAUUGUUAUAAAUAUUCCAUCAUUCUCUCACCGAUAAUAAAGAUAAUCAUUGAAAAAGUAAAAUUAAUCUACGAAAAAUCUUAAAAAUAAUCAUCACAUUUAAAAUUCAAAUUUAUUAGGUUUCAAGUACUUUUUUGCUGCAAAAAAAUUAAAUUUUUCUUCAUAUUAUUAAAUAGUUAUACGCUGCAUGAAGUUUUCAUUUUCUGUGCUUUUCA